CUCGCUCCUUCCGUCGCCCAACGACCCACGAUAGGUAUUCUGGCAUAUGGUAGCUUCCCCAAUCUCGUUGCAGCACAUCUGGCUUCUCAUCCAGAUCCUCCAUCAUCCGCAGGUAAGGAACAAACAAUGGCAAGCGUAUGCUGCUCUCGCCGCUGUCCAUCCGGAUCAUGGGCUGAUGCCAACAUAGCAUGGGAUUGCGCGCCCCGCAGCGAGUGUGCAGAGGACGGAGGAGCAACUACAAGAGGAGCACCGAAAGAUCCAGGAGUAUAGAGACUUGGAGGACCUCAUAAGGACCAAGGUGGGCACAUUCACGCGUGUCCAACUUUCUACUGUGCUGGGGCUAACUUCCAGCAGGUCGCAGAGCGCCAGUACACAGUUGAAGUCCUGAAUCUCACAUCCAAACUCCUCAAAGCAAAUCCAGAAUACUACACAAUAUGGAACGUCCGCCGCCGUUUACUAAUCUACGGAUUAUUCUCCAAAUCUUCGGAUUCAUCGUCGCCCUCGAAGGUGUCGCCGAGUACUUCGCGGAUCGACACUACACCAGUCUCUUCUACGCAACCCUCAGACUCUGUUACUACCUCCUCAGAGGCGUCGAAUACGGCCCUACCCGACCCCAGCUCCCAGAAUCCUGGGAAGAAUGGUACAACUCUUGAUUUGAUCAAAGCAGACUUGGAAUUUUUGUUUCCAAUAAUGGUGGGAUGGCCCAAAUGUUAUUGGCUAUGGAAUUACCGACUGUGGCUAUUGCAGGAAGCAAAUAAGCGGCUGGAUCCAAUCACGGCAAGAAAAUUAUGGACUCAGGAGCUCACACUCGUUGGGAAAAUGCUGGUCAGAGAUAGCCGGAACUUUCACGGAUGGCGUUAUAGAAGAAUCGUCGUGGACGAGCUCGAGAGCCAACACUUGCAAGGAACGAGUAUGGUUGAGGUGGAAUUUGAAUAUACCACAAAGGUCAUUCGUGGCCAGGAUGGUCUCUCCAACUUUUCAGCAUGGCACAGACGCAGCAAGCUGAUACCAAAGUUGCUGAAUGAGCGUGGGACAGAUGAUGCGGGAAGACGCCAAUUUUUGGAUGAUGGUAAGAAGUUCGUUGGAGGCCCACGAAGCCAAGGCUGACAUUGACGCAGAAUUUGACACAAUUAUAACCGCCAUGUACACAGACGCCUUUCCCUACGCCCAAUCUGUCUGGUUCUACUAUCAAUUUUUGAUGACAACUCUGACAGAUAGUGUUCGGCACGCCACAAUCACAUCUAAUUUCACACAAGAAGAUCGUAUUGGAUAUCUAACGCGACAGCUCUCCAUACUGAAAGAAAUGCUUGAGGAUGCAGACGACUGUAAAUGGAUUUAUGAUGCUCUGAUAGAGUACACCAUGUCCUUGAGUCAAAUGGAGCAACGUCAACUUGACAAAGAUGAGACUGAAGAUUGUAAAUUGUGGUUGUCCAAACUUCGAGUUCUGGAUCGCUUACGGGGAGGAAGAUGGGAUGAUCUUGACAAAGAACUUUCUGGUUCGCGUGCUUUGGUGCAGUAA